AUUUGGACUAAGUUCCUUCCUUUCAUAUUCCGCGACACUGAAAGGAACAAAAGGCGGAGAAGGGCCAGGUAAAUGUAACUUUUAAUGAACUGCACGUGCGCUUGUCCACUGCUGUUUUAAAGAAAACGUGAGAAAUUAGCAUUUGCAUAGUCGGUGGCCCUUUCUGAAUGAAACCACCAGGUAAUUUGCGUGCGAAGAAUCUCAAGUGCAGGUACGAGGUGUGACCGCAGGACGGAAGAGAUGUGCUCCAGCAGGGGUGUGUGUGGGGGGGAGGACCGGGCGUCGCCCAGCUCUGGGUCGGUCAGCAGUUCCGGGUCGCAGUACGCCCUGUGCGCGCUGGGCGUGGGGCUGAUUGCCCUGGGCAUAGUGAUGAUCGUGUGGAGCGUGGUUCCCGCCGAGGCCGCGGGGAACAGCAGCAGCGGCGGCGGCGGCGGCACGGGGUCCGGGAGCAGCGAAUCGGAUCUGGACACCCGGGGGAAGACGUCGUCGGUGGCGUUCGUCCUGGUGGGGGCAGGCGUGGCCAUGCUGCUCCUGGCCAUCUGCCUGAGCGUGAGGAACAAGCGGCGGCAGCCUCAGCGCCAGGCGCAGGGAGCGGACAGCGUGUACCGGGCGCCCGGGGAGCAGGGCGAAACGGAAGCGGACCCUCUCCCCAGGUAUGAUGUCCCCAGCUAUGAGGAGGCGGUGGGGAGCGGGCAGUACCCAGUUCGCCAGAGCAACCUGCGGAACAGCACCUCCCAGCUCCCGUCCUACGAGGACCUGCUCCAGGCUGUAGAGAACGAGGGGAGGGAGCCAGCAGCCGGCACAGGGCAGGACCCGUCGCAGCCUGCCCCCGCCGCGGAGGCCCCUCAGCCCGCCCCCGAGCCCCAGGCGGCUCCGCCCGCCCCCGAGCCCCAGGCGGCCCCGCCCGCCCGCCACAGCACCCGCUCGAGCCGGCUCCUUCGCCCCCUCAAAGUGCGCCGGAUCAAAUCCGACAAGCUGCACCUCAAGGACUUCCGCCUGAACCUCCGCAACCCCGCGCAGGCCGGCCGGGUCACCAUCGAGCCUCUCACCCCCCCGCCGCAGUACGAGGACAAGGUGCCCGAGUUCGGAGAUCGCCCCUCGCAGGCGGAGGCAUGACACUGCCCGAAUUUCAGAGGAAGGUUCCUGUGUGGAAGAAACAGUCCGGCUUGCUGUCGGUGAUGUUGGUGAUGUCACUGAAGAGUCUGGCGCCUGUGGCCACAGUGCCGAGCCUUGCGUGUUCACGGCUCGGGGCGGAGCAGGGGUGAGGCACUCUUAGAUACUUUUUUUUUUUUUUUUUUUUUUUGUAGGUCCGACAUCGAGGGAUAGUCUUUGAAAACUGUGCGGUGACCAGGGAAUUGGGAAUUGGAUGCGUGAAGAGGUGCCACAGUCCUUUAUCAACCUAAUUUCUGCAGCUGUGAUGGAGUCCUACUGGUUGUAGUAACGCGAUCAGUGUUGUUCCCUAAUAUAAUAUAUUUAUAACCCUAACAAAAAAGAUUGCCAUUGCUACUACCACAUACUGUUAUGGUAAUGUGGUUUGGUCCAGUUUCUCUGUGAACUGCAGAACACAGGCCUGUGCAUGUAGAUUUGUAAAAUAGAUUGAUUCAAAAAAAAAUAAUUAAACGAGUAUCGAUUGGGUUGUGCUUUUUAAAUGUAAUUCAACCUUUUUUUAUACAAAUGAUUUAUUACUUGCCCCUUUUCUACGACAGGAAUCCUCACUUGAGGACUUAUUUUUAAUUAAACAAUAAAAGAAGUUCAUAAAGGUGUUCUGUGGUUUUGUAACCAAUUCUACAGGAAUCCAAUAAUUAAUUUUCCAGUCCAACAGAGAGAUGUGUAAAUACCUCGUUAUGCAUGCUGAAGCCUGGGAGAAGAAGGGGGCAAUACUGAAGGUCUUACAGUCCAUUUCAACAGCCGUUAUACUAAAUAAAGGCCUCCCUAAAUGUCCAGGAUGGGAUGGUUCACUCUGGGGUUUGUUGGGAUACUAGUUCCGUUUUGGUGUAUUUUUUUGAUUGGAAUUGUUUUCAGAAACUUCUCUAAAUAUCUAAUUUUCCUCAUGCAUAAAAUCUGUCUGGGUCAAUCAAAAACUUACUCUGAAAUGGACAUAUCAAAAAAAAGAACCCAGAAAAGGAACCUUCUCUUUAAACAUGCUCUUAGGGCUGAUAUUGAGUUUGUUAAAGCGUGUAUUUGUUUGGGUGUAUAUUGAGUUUAUGUUAAGCCGUAUAGCCUUGACAUUGCUAGUCCAAGCCUAGGCUCUGUCAUUCACCAACUGUGGCUUGGUGAUCGCCAUCUUGCACAGCAGGAGCAUGUUACCACAGGAAAUUUCACAAAAUGGGGGGAGGAGGUCAAAAGGACAUGUGACUGCAUGUAUUCUGAAAUCAUUUUGUCAAUUCACUUGUAAGUGAAUGGACAUGGAAGUGUACGGUGGCAUUUCCUACAUUGGAGGGAGUGGAAACUGGAAAAGGGGGGCAGGGGUUGCUGUCUCUGAGAUUUGUGUGCACCUUUUGUUUGGAGAUCCUUCUUACCCUCUGCACUAAUUCAAAACUAUUCUUUUGUUACCUUUGUAAUAUUAUGAAUAAUAUUUUUUAUAGUUUUAAUUCCACAGACCUGUUAACAAAAUAACUUUGAACUUUGAGUUUCCCGAUUUAGAAUCAACUCUUAACUACACUACAAUCUAACUUAUCUCAUCCACUACAAUUUAACCACAGAAUUUUAGCCACAGUGGAUCUCCUCUUUCAGUCAUGGGGUCUGUGGGUUAGUUUCUGUAGUCAGGGGCUACACUCUGUGCCUGUUGCCCAUGCCUUCCCAAAUUCAGCUAAUUCAUGGAUUUUCUUAAAAAUUGGUGGUUGGUUGACGGAGGAGUCAUCAAAACACAGUUCCAAGUGCAGUCUUCAGUUAAACUGUUUAAAAAAGCAAAAUGGUAAUGAGCCAAACCUGAGGCAAACCCUUAGUUAACAUUAAAACAAAGGUAAAAAAAAAGCAGUGAAGCGUGUACAUUAUUUGUAAACUCUAUAUUACCAUAACUAGCCUCACUGCACAAUUGGUUGGUGCAAAAGACAGCAUUCACAGUGGUCCCAGGACCAAGUUUUGGAAGCGGUACCUUGGUUCAUGUCUUCUGAAGCCAGUUCCUAUUGUCGGUGCCCUCUCAGGUUCUGUGUGGGUUCAGCAGAAACUUCAAAGUAUAAAAUUAACCUGCUACUGAAUUUUGAACUGUCCUCUUGUAACUUUUUACUUGUAGAGAGAUGUGGGCUUGAUUUUUAUUUAUUUUUAUUUUUUCAGUAAUGCGUGGAUAUGUUUCCUUGGGAGCAAAAAAUGUGAACUGUCUGAAAUGAUUUCUUUUUUUUGGGGGGGGGGCUUUCAAACUGUACAUUUGAGUAAAUAUUUAGUUUUUUCUGUCUGGAAGAAUGCCCUGCUGAAUAUUUUGGGGCUUGGCAAGCCCGUAACGAAUGAACAGACAUAUUAACGGAGUAAUUUCAGUGUGAGCCGGCUGAUGUAAUGUCUGAUCUACUGUAACCCCCUGGAGCUGUACAUUAGCUCUAAGGACAGGGAGGGGGCUGUGUGUUGUAGUAUUUUAAAAUGCAGAUCCAUUUUUUCUGUCUAUUUAUUUAUUUUUAAAAAUCCAUAAGCUGUUUACUUUCAAUCAUAAUUUGUGGGUGAAUUAAAACAUUUCUCUUCAUCA